GGGCGGGAGAGCGGCCCAGCGUCCGGCCAUGGCCCGGCGGCCGCCCUCGGACUGCAGGGUCCGCGCGCUCCCCGCGCUGCCGCUGCUGCUGUCGCUGCUGCUGCUGCUGCUCCAGCCCGCGACGCCGGGCGUCACAUGCCCUCCUCCCACGUCGGUCGAACAUGCAGACAUCCGGGUCAAGAGUUACAGCCUGAAAUCCCGGGAGCGGUACACGUGUAACUCUGGCUUCAAGCGUAAAGCAGGAACAUCCAGCCUGACGCAAUGCGUGUUCAACAAGACCACGAACAUUGCCCACUGGACAAUUCCCAAUCUCAAGUGCAUCAGAGACCCCUCCCUGACUCACCUAAGGCCGUUCUCCACAGAAGUGCCGGCAGGGGUGACCCCAGAGCCAGAGAGCACCUCCCUUUCUGGAAAAGAGCCCGCUUUCACUUCCAAGUCAGACACCACAGUGGCCACAAAGUCCACUAUGGUGCCGGGCUCCGGGCUGACGCCAUCAAAGUCUCCUGCGGCAGGAACCACGGGGCCGAUCAGUCCUGAGCCCUCCCAAGCCCCACCUCAGACAACGGCAGAGGCCUUGGAGCACAGUCCCUCUGCCUCCCAGGAGACGCCAGGUACAUAUUCAUACCACUCUCGAAGUAUGACUGAGGUGAUCGGGAGCAUACUCGCUGUGGUCUGUGCAGUGGUGGUGGUAAUUGUGGUCUGUUACCGAAAAUUGAGGCACACUGUGCAGACACCCAGUGUUGAAAUGGAAAGCAUGGAAGAGAUGCCAAUGACUAGGGGAACCAAUGGCAGAGAGGAGGACGCAGAAAACUACCCACACGACCUAGGACACUCCAGGGAGAGACUGAGGGCAGCAGAGGCUGGAGCGAAGGCACCGACCCUGCCUUAGCCAAAGAGGACCUGGAAACAACUCAAGAUCUUGGGUGCCAGCAGAGAGCCCGUCGGGAUGACAAGGCAGACGUCUUGGCAUCAUUGUAUCGAUGGCACCCAGCCAAGACACCUCCUAGGCUGUCCAGUCUCAGGAUGGAUGCUCGGGACCCACCCAGCCCAGCCUCGGGUGCAGGGCUGACGUCCCCUGAUCCCAGCAGCUGAAGCUCUCCUGGCAGUGGCUGAAAGCCUCGGCUUUCCCUUUCUUUCAUGUGACAUUUAUGCAGGAUAGCUGAGCAGCCUGACCAUUCUGCCCCUCAUCCUGACUUGAAGUUUACAGAGAAAAGAAAAACGCCUGAGACGCUAAGACAGUUAGGUCCCUCCUACUGGCUUAAGAGAGGUCUACAAGGAUGACAAGAGCAUUGGCAGCUCCAAAACGCUAUCCCCCUAUUGAGGUGCGAGCAUGAACUGGAAGGAAGCAGAGAGGUAUCGUGCUGUGUGAAUCCACUCAAUUUAAGGAUCCAGAAGGAAGGAAAUGGAACACGGGGACAUUUCCCAUGUAUAUGCAUUUCUAUUUAUACUCCCUAUCCAUUAUAUCUACAUAUUUUACAUAACUGUUAUUUUGAAACUCUGCCUUGUAUAAACAAAAUAUCUAUUUUCAAUACAAAAAAAAAUCACUGAAAGAAUCACUGAGAAGAAAUGUGUGACAAAUAAAAAAGAAGAAAGCGUGGGAAUGCAGAGUCCCAAAAUGGCUGAGUUUGGCUCUUUUUCUAAAAGGAGAAAAAUAAUUUAAAAAAUAAAAUAAUAAAAUAAGAAUCUUGCCUAAAACUGGAUCCGAUCACAGUUUUGGAGA